AUGAUUGAUAGUCUGUUUAUAUUAGAGCCUGCUGGGCGAGUAAUCAUCGAAAAACACUGGAAGAGCGUCGUAUCCCGACGCGUCGUAGAUGAAUUCUGGUCUAUUGUCAAGAAGGCCGGUACUAUAGAAGACGUUUGUCCCGUAAUCGCUGUCGCAAAACACUAUUUGCUCCACAUCUGGAGGAAUGACUUGUUCUUUCUUGCUGUCGUUGCUCAUGAAGUUCCACCAUUGUCAGUCCUCGAAUUCUUGCACAGAAUGGUGGAUAUCCUAGUCGACUACUUUGGCGGUGUAUCCGAACCACUCAUCAAGGAAAACUUUGUUAUUGUCUAUGAGUUACUAGAGGAAAUGGUCGACUAUGGAACUCCUCACGUCACUGAACCAAAUAUUCUCAAAGAUCUUAUACCACCACCAUCACUAUUGUCCUCUGUCAUCAAUGCUGUAUCGAUAGGGACAACGACGGGAACCAAGAUGCCAAGUGGUGCAGUAUCAAGCGUCCCAUGGCGCUCGGCAAACAUCAAAUACGCAAACAAUGAAAUUUUCUUUGACGUCAAUGAAGACGUUGAUGCACUACUAGAUAGAAACGGCAACCUAAUAACAGCAGACAUACGUGGCGAAAUCCAAGCCCAAUCGCGACUCUCUGGAAUGCCUGAUCUCAUACUAACAUUCAUGAAUCCUCGGGUAUUUGAAGAUGCAAUGACGAGUUUCCAUCCUUGUGUCAGGUAUGCCAGGUUUGAACGAGAUAAACAGCUAUCGUUUAUUCCUCCUGAUGGGUCUUUUAAGCUUAUGGAGUAUACGAUUACAUUGGCAAAUGCAAGUGCUCUACCAUUCUACAUCAAACCAAAUCUUUCUAUAUCCAAAAUUAGUGGCAAACUAGACAUAUCAAUCCAACCACGCGCAGCAGCAGGAAAAGUAAUCGAAUCCGUAUCUGUGCUAGUGACUCUCCCCAAACACGUAUCGUCUGCACGGUUGACUACAAGUCAAGGAAGCGCAAUGUAUGAUACAAUUAGUAAGAUGGUGCGAUGGAAUAUCGGUAAAAUCAGUCCAGAUUUACAAAGUCUGGGGAUUCCCAUGCUGAAUGGUAUUCUUACUGUCGAGCCGUCAGAAGAAACAAUCCCAGAAAUACAUAGCGUAUUCGUUGACUUUAAAGUCAACAUGUCUACUGUCUCUGGCCUCAAAAUCGAUGCUCUGCAUGUUCAUCAUGAGAGUUACAAACCUUAUAAAGGUGUUAGGAUGGUAACAAGGAGUGGGAGGUAUCAAAUACGGAUGUAA